UACGAGUCGAUGCGAAGGUAUAAUAAAAAAAACAAAAAGGAAGUAACAACUUACCAGGUAAUGAAAAGCGAAGCGUUGAGUUGCGUUGCUUUGGCGCAAAUAGCAAGGAUGCGUGGAAGACUCGGGCGUCAGAGAAAUCAGGAACUGGAGAGAACUCGAGAUAACUCCGGCGAGGUGGAGAAAAGAUAAUAAGAAAUUCAAGAAAGAGAGAGGAAAAGGCACAAAGAAGAGUUACAGAAGAACUGUCCGCAAACCAACUCCGUCUUUUCCGAUAAGAACAAGGGAACGGUAAGAAGGACUGAAGGAGGGAGAUAUUAUUGGGGGGGGAGGGGAGGGAAGAGAGAGAGAGAAGAGAGAAGGAAGAAACGAGGAAGAGGCGAGGAGGGGUAGAAGAAAGAUUAAUUCUUCAGGAUGGAGGGGAGGGAAAGGGAAAGGGAAGGGAAGGAAAACGA